GAUACGUGGGCCCAGCAAGAUCCGGGCCCCCCACCUGGAGUACAUCCCGGGCCCACCUCGAAGCACCCAGGCAGCUUCGUGCUCGUGCUCGUGCCGUACCCGACGCAUCGGCGUCUCCUCGCGCAUUUCUUCUCCCCCCACCCCCCUUCCUCGCCGAGCGCAUUUCUCCGUGAGCGGAAGAUCCGAUCACCACUUCGGCGCCGCGCGUCCGAACCCCAACCCAACCGCGCUGUCUAUCCUCCUCCUCCCUUUCCGCACUUGGUCCGGCGAUCCUGAUCGAAUUGGAACCGCCUUCACCCCCACCCAGUGCAGUGCUCGCGUGCUCCGCUCUGCGCCGGCAGCCCGCCCGGACCGGACCAGGCCGUCUCUGCAUUUGCGCGGAUCCGCCGGCGCGGUCCCUGAUUCGGGCCGCGCUCUCGCAGAUGAUGGUGGCGGAGAAGCCCGCGCUGGGGUUCCAGGCGCACGGGGACGGGGACGACGAGCUGGAGCUGGAGCUAGCGUCGCCGGCGCCGCCGCCCCGGAAGAUGCACUCGCUGGAAUUCGAGCACAUCGGCUCGCUCGCCGCCGUGGCCGAGUCGCUCGCGCCCGGGAGCAGGUGGCAGAGGGCGCUCACCAGCGUGCGCGUCGUCAUCUUCCAGGCCAAGAUCAACGUGCUCCUCCCCUUCGGCCCGCUCGCCAUCAUGCUCCACUACCUCUCCGGAACGCACCAAGGAUGGGUUUUUCUUUUCAGCUUAAUCGGCAUUACCCCGUUGGCCGAGAGAUUGGGAUACGCAACUGAGCAACUUGCUUGCUACACUGGCCCAACAGUUGGGGGGCUACUGAAUGCUACAUUUGGAAAUGCAACGGAAAUGAUUAUAUCAAUAUACGCACUGAAAAAUGGGAUGAUUCGGGUCGUCCAGCAGUCACUACUAGGCUCAAUAUUGUCAAAUAUGCUGCUGGUUCUUGGGUGUGCUUUCUUUGCUGGUGGUCUUGUCCAUUCUGACAGGGACCAGGUCUUCAACAAGGCAUCAGCUGUUGUAAACUCAGGACUACUGUUGAUGGCUGUCUUAGGCCUUAUGUUCCCAGCAGUGCUUCAUUUCACACAUUCAGAAGCGCAGUAUGGAAAAUCUGAAGUAGCUCUUUCAAGGUUUAGCAGCUGCAUCAUGCUUGUGGCCUAUGCUAGCUAUCUAUUUUUUCAACUAAAGAGCCACCGCAGUAUGUACAGCCCAAUUGGUGAUGAAGAAGCCGCCGCUGAGGAGGAGGAUGAAAAGGAGAUUACACAAGGGGAAGCCAUCUGCUGGCUUUUCAUAUUGACUAUUUGGAUUUCAGUACUCUCAGGGUACCUGGUUGAUGCCAUUCAGGGUGCGUCUGAUUCAUUAAACUUGCCAGUGGCCUUUAUUAGUGUUAUUCUGCUUCCUAUUGUGGGGAAUGCUGCUGAACAUGCAAGCGCCAUCAUGUUUGCCAUGAAAAACAAAUUGGACAUUACAUUGGGAGUUGCGAUAGGGUCAUCAACACAGAUCUCCAUGUUUGUGAUUCCAUUCUGCGUGGUAAUUGGCUGGAUGAUGGGACAAGAAAUGGACUUGAAUUUUCAACUGUUCGAGACAGCGACUCUCUUUAUAACUGUACUAGUGGUGGCAUUCAUGCUACAGGAAGGCACAUCAAACUAUUUUAAAGGUCUUAUGCUCAUCUUAUGCUACCUCAUAGUUGCUGCAAGCUUUUUUGUCCAUGUCGACCCUGAUGCAACAGGUGAUAACUAAGUGACAAAUCUGCUUACAGCAUACCUGUGAACUGAAUGGAGAGGCUACGACCUAACUGCAGAGUUAGCCAAUAGCAUUGCCCUGCGUAGAUAAGGACCUGCAAGAGUCCUGAAUUUGGAAGCAACUUGUGGGCAGAAUCUCGGACCGAGGGUUUAACUUGGGGCUCAAGAUUACAAGGAGCUGAUGCAGCUUUUUUAGGAUAGCAACAGCAUCGCCCGUUGAGGAACUGUAACUUUAUGUGACGGAAUCACAAAAAUUUACCAUUGUAUUUGUUCAAGCUACACGUGCCACAGUUUUUUAUGUUGUGAUUGGUAGGUACGGGGAAGUUAGACCUCUAGUGCUAUUGGGAAGAAAAUUACCAUUACAUUUAUUUAAUAUAUUUUCCUUUUUUUCCUUGUAAAAACUUGCAAAUCUAGGCAUAUGUCACCUGUUGGGUUGCC